GAUGAUGGAGGGGGUGUUGCUGCUGCUCGGCCUGGCGCUGUGCCUCAGCGGCGGGGCGGCCAGCGACCAGCUGCUGCAGCCCUUCGACCUGCUGUACGAGGAGGGGAUCCGCGCCUACUACCGCAGCGACUGGCCGGGGGUGGUGCGGGCCAUGGAGGCGGCGGCCGACAGCUACCGGCAGCACCGGCGGCUCAAGGUGCACUGCCGGCUGGACUGCGCCGCCCGCCACGGCCUGGAGCGGCCCGGAGCCCCGCUGGUCGCCGCCGUCCUCCGCCGGGCGCACUGCAUCCGCCAGUGCGAGGCCCGCAGCCUGGGCCCCGCGUCCGUCUACAGGGUCAGCCAGGACACGGAGCACGAGUUCGAGCGGCGGGGGCCCUACAACUACCUGCAGCUGGCCUACUUCAAGCUGAACCAGCUGGACAAGGCUGCAGCUGCUGCCCACACCUUCUUCCUGGCCAACCCUGAGCACAUGGAGAUGAGGCAGAGCCUGGAGCGGUACAAGCAAAUGCAGGGUGUAGAGGAACGCCACUUCAUCGAUCGGGAAAUGCGGCAGUACAUGGAGGCCUUUAACACGGGGCUGAAGCACUACAACGAGGAGCAGUACGCCUUGGCCAUCACGUCAUUCGAGGAGGCUCUGAGGCAGUUCUGGCAGGCGGAGAUGGAGUGCCGCGCUUUCUGUCAGGGACCACAGGACUUCGAUGGGAACAGGCAGCAGUUGAAGGGUCUGCACCUUUACGAAAUCAUUGCAGACCAUUACCUGCAGGUGCUGCUGUGUGAACACGACUGUGUGAGGGAGCUGUCAACUCGAGCUGGCCGACUCUCGCCCAUCGGCAACUACCUGCCCAUGCACUACGACUUCCUGCAGUACUCCUACUACAGGGUUGGCAACUAUGAGAAGGCGUUGGAAGCCACCAAGUCCUACCUGCUGUUGCAGCCGACGGACGAGGACAUGCUGGAGAACCUGGAAUACUACCAGCUGAUGCUGCUGGACGUCCUGGACACAGACAGUGUCACCCCUCGCCAGGAGCUGCUGGGGUACAUGGAGAGGUAUCAGCUGGAGAAGGAGCUCCUGCAGUCACUCAGCGCUGAGCUGGAAUUCCCCUACGUGGAUCCGGUGAACUGGACUGUGUCUGGGCACAAUGAAGAUCAGGACGGUGUCGGCAGGCGGCCGGCAGCUGGGGCGGACCCCCUGAAGGCCCCGCAGAUCCCGGUCCAGAGGAGACGGGCCGAGAGGAAGGCUGACCGCCAGCUUCGUGAAGGUGGGCCGGUGCUCUUCAGCUACGUGAAGGUUGUCCAGGACUCGCAGCAGCUGAACGGGAGCCAGCGUGUGCUCCUUGACGAUGUGAUCACAGCCCAGGAGUGUCGGGACUUGUACCGUGUGGCCAGUAGCAUCGCCAUGGUGGGUGACGGCUACCGGGGGAAGAUGUCACCUCACACACCCAAUGAGCGCUUUGAGGGAGCCACUGUGUACAGGGCCCUGGCGUAUGGAUUUGAGGGCCGGAUCUCGCUGCACGGGGCCAAGUUGUUCUAUGACGCCAGUGAGAAGGCCCGUCGCAUCAUCCAGUCCUACUUCAUGCUGAAUUCCACACUCUACUUCUCCUACACACACCUGGUGUGUCGGACUGCCAUCGAAGGUCAGCAGGACAAUCGCAAUGACCUGAGUCACCCGAUCCACGCCGACAACUGUCUGUUGGAUCCCGACGCACAGGAGUGUUGGAAGGAACCGCCUGCCUACACACACCGGGACUACAGUGCCAUCUUGUACCUGAAUGGCGAUUUCGAAGGUGGCGAGUUUAUCUUCACGGAGCCUGAUGCAAAGACGAUCACAGCUGCAGUGAAGCCUCGCUGUGGACGGAUGGUGAGCUUCUCGUCGGGGGGUGAGAACCCCCAUGGGGUGAUGGCCGUCACCCGGGGUCAGAGGUGUGCCGUCGCCCUCUGGUUCACCCUCGACCCCCACUUCCGGGAGCUGGAACGGAUCAAGGCCGACGAGGUGAUGCAGUUAAUUUCUCUGCAACAGAGGCUGGACGACAAGCUCCCCAUCAAUCCUCGUGAUGAAUUGUGAAACCUCGGUUCAUAACCUAUUUAUUUAAAUCUCCUGGCCACCCCAGUAGAAUGUUCUAAUUUUCUGUACAAAUGAUAAUUUAAAUUGUUCAGAGAAAGUUUUUUAACUGUUACUCGUUUCCAGUCGAACCACAUCAGUCAGUUGUCGUUUGCCCAGAUUUGUCCAGAUACGUCCGGUCUGCGGUCGGGGUUCCCAAGGACGGGGCUCGUUCCUUGGGGUCCAGUCCAUGGACGGGGUCCGUUCCUCGGGGCCCUGUCCACAGACAGGGUCUGCUCCACCAAUGGGGUCUGGUCCUCAGACAGACCUGCUUCCUGGAUGAGACUAGUGAAGAUCCCUCUCCCCUUCCCCACAACACUGUAACUGGACGGACACACACACUCCCCACGUCCACAGGCUUCAGCUCCCUGUCACAGGAGCAGAUGCCUCCCACUGACUGGACACAGCUGAAGAAAGAACUUCACUCCAUCACUAACCGAAUUAUGCCAACCCUGUUCCAUCUGGGGAGUGUGUGAUGGGACGGUGUGGAGGGAGCCUCACCCUGUGUCAGUAUAGUCUGACUUCUAAAGCCCUGACAAUUUGCGGUGCCCACAUUGGUGAACGUGGUUCUGGACACUGGAAGUGUCCGCACUGACUUGCUGCACCUUAAGGAACACAGAAACCUCACCACGGAGACACGAGGCUCUGCAGAAUCUGGAGCAACACACGAGGUGCUGGAGGAGCUCAGCGGGUCAGGCAGCAUCCGUGGAGGGAAAUAAACAGUCGACGUUUCAGCCGAGACCCUUCAUCAGGACUGGAACAGAAGA